AUGUUCUCUCGAUCGGCUCUCUCCAGAGGUGCCCAGCUUGCCGCUCGUAGGCAAGGCUGUUCGCAUCUUUCUCAGCGCCGAGGUUAUGCUGCCGCAUCUUCGGCACCAUCCGCUUUCACUUAUGACACCACCGAAGUUGCUGGUAUCAAGGUAGCCACCAGAGACUCACACGGUCCGACAACAAAACUUGCUGUUGUCGCCAAGGGUGGUACUAGAUAUCAGCCUGCUCCUGGUCUCACUGUCGGCCUCGAGGAGUUUGCCUUCAAGAACACCGAAAAGCGAACUGCCCUACGUAUCACUCGAGAAGCUGAGCUUUUAGGAGGUCAAUUAGCCGCAUACCACACCCGAGAAGCAUUAGUUAUCGAAGCAAGCUUUCUGCGAGAGGACAUCCCUUACUUCGCCGAACUGCUAGCAGAGGUCAUCUCUCAAACUAAGUAUACCACGCACGAGUUUCACGAGGAUGUCGAGAGGGUUUUAAAGGUGAAGCAGGCUAAGCUUGCCAACGACGUUUCCGCUCUUGCUCUCGACUCGGCACAUUCGGUCGCCUUCCAUACAGGCCUUGGCACUUCCCUAUACCCGACGACUUCAACCCCUCUGAAAAGCUAUCUAAACGAACACGCCAUCGCUGACUACGCGGGAGCCGUUUAUGCAAAGCCUAAUAUUGCUCUGGUUGGAGAUGGCGCCACGACAGCUGCUCUACAUAAGUGGACAGAACAGUUCUUCAGCGGCGUACCAGCAUCAUCAUCUAGCUCUGCCACUCUUAACGCGAAAUCUACGACGUACUACGGUGGCGAGCAGCGUACGUCCCACACUGCCGGAAACUCUUUAGUUAUUGCCUUCCCUGGUUCCAGUUUUGGCUCUUUCAAGCCUGAAAUUGCGGUCCUAGCAGCCCUGCUUGGUGGACAACCUAACGUCAAGUGGUCGCCUGGAUUCACUCUCCUAUCCAAGGCUGCGGCCUCGGCACCCGGAAUAGUUGCUUCGGGCACCAACCUGGCUUACUCGGACGCCGGACUGUUGACUAUUCAAGUCACCGGUGCCGCCGCAUCAGUUCGCAAGGCUGGUGAAGAGACUGUUAAGGCUCUUAAGAGCAUCUCCGAAGGUAGCAUCAGCAAGGAGGAUCUUACCAAGGCGAUCGCCAAGGCAAAGUUUGACGCGUUAGAUGCGAGCCAGUCGGGUGUGUCAACGCUUCUGUCUGCCGGUUCUGGUAUUAUUCAUACCGGUAAGCCCUUCCAGAUUGCCGAGACUGUUGGCUCAAUCGACGGCAUCACAGCAGACAAGCUCAAGACGACUGCAAAGUCCCUUCUCGAGGGCAAGGCCACCGUGGCUGCAGUUGGUGACUUGAACGUUCUGCCAUAUGCUGAGGAGCUUGGGUUGAGAGUAUAG